CCGUGCGGAGAUGUGAGGCUCAAGUGGGACUGAUUCGCUCACAGACGCAAAGGAAUGGCGCUGUCAUCCCCGCAGAAACACGCCCGCUCACAGCAUCCCGUUUCGCUGCGGAGACGCACAACGACGGAGCGACAAAACCGCAAAAUACGCGUCAAAUUAGACUAAACGCAGCGGAGCCGCUUACAGGCGACAUCAGGUGGACGUUUCCUGGCUCCCAGCAGCGCAGACUGAGGGCCACAAUGGAAGAGCAACAGCGACUCAAGGCAUAAGGUCAUCUUGAUGCAGCACUAAUUUCACGCUCUCUUCAACCAACCUGAGAAUGAUGCUGAGAAAGCCAAAUGUCUGAGUCUGCAAAGCUUCCACACAGUCAGACAACAUAACAGGCUGCUUGGAACCUGUUCGGGAAGGACACCAUGACCAGUAAAAAGGAGAACGAUAAAGAGAUCCAAUAUGAAGACCCUCCAGAUGGAGGCUGGGGGUGGAUGGUGGUGCUGCAUUGUUUCCUGGUAAAUGUCCUGGUGAUGGGAACACUAAAAACCUUUGGGAUCUUCUUUGUGGCAUUCCAAGACGAGUUCGGAGGCUCCGCAGAAAGUAUCAGCUGGAUUGGUUCCAUCAUGUCGAGCCUGCGUUUGUCUGGAGCACCCCUCGCCUCUGUGGCCUGUGCCAAGUUUGGAACCAGAGUGACAUCAAUCACUGGGGCACUGUUGAUUAGUGGAGGGUUUCUCUUAAGUAUCUUUGCUACCAGCGUGGUGUACCUCUACGUCAGCAUGGGAGUGAUAGUUGGAAUGGGUUUUGCACUACUAUACCAAGCUUUCUCAGUCGUCACAGCACUAUACUUCAAAAAGAGGUUAGCAACAGCAUAUGCAAUUGGACGAUCUGGUAUGGGAUUGACCUUUGCACUUGCUCCAUUCACUCAGCUGCUCUUGGACCAAUAUGCUUGGCAAGGGGCCAUGCUGAUUCUUGGUGGUCUCAUGAUGAAUUUAGUAGCUUCUGGGAUGCUUUUGAGACCCAUCAAAGUGAAGCCAACCACUAUGCCAAACCCUACCUCUUCUGCCAUCAACAAGAGCCCUGCUAUCUCCCUCAAAAAAUCCUCAGAGAAGGAAUAUAUGAAGAGUUGUGGGAAUGGCUCUCACUUGACUAAUGGUGUCUCAAAAUCAGACUUGCCCCCAUUCUCUCUUCCUCGCCCUCACAGAGAUGUUGAAAACCAAGCUAGCCAGUGCACUCAGGGACAUCAGGACCGGUCAGACAACCAGGAACUUACUAGACUGGUUCUGAAUGGGGUGAAUGGCCAUGAUCCCCACUUCAGUCAGUGCAAACCCACACCAGAUGGAUCCAUGGAGCUUAAUGGCAGCAUGAAUGGGGCCACUGUCAUUGGAUUAUCCUCACAAGCAAGCACACCUACUGAGGUGCCUAUCAAAAAAUCAAAAGUUCUGGAUUUCUCCUUGUUAAAGAACCCAUUCUUCUGCAUCUACACAUGGUCCGUGUUCUUCAGUCAGUUGGCAUAUUUCAUCCCAUACUUUCACUUGUCUGCACGAGCCAGAACUUUGGGUAUCACUGCAAUGGAGGCUUCAUUUAUCAUUUCUGUGGCAGGUAUCACAGAGACUAUUGCUCAGCUGGCUUCAGGCUGGGUAACAGACAGGAACCUUUUCCAUAAGUAUCACUACUACAAGGCCUACCUGAUCCUAUGUGGGCUGGUCAACCUGCUCUCCCCACUGGCCACCUCUUACAUCUGUCUGAUGGUUUAUGCUGUCUUCUUUGCCAUCUUCUGUGGAGGAUACAUGGCCUUGCUGCUGCCAGUCCUGGUGGAUCUGGUGGGCUCAGAGAAAGUCAACAACUCUAUGGGCUUCUCCAUGUUCUUUGUUGGUCUGGGCUGCCUCACGGGGCCUCCUUUAGCAGGCUUUCUGUACGACUACACUCAGACGUAUAACUGUUCUUUCUUUCUGGCUGGACUCUGCUACCUGCUCUCCUCGGUCUCCCUUUUUAUGGAGCCACUGGCACAGCACUGGAAGGCAAGAAUGAAACGGACAAAUGCCAGGAAGACUGAAAGCAAAUGUUGGACAAAUGGCUGCUUCACUCCCAGUGGUCUGCAGAAUGGUGCUGUGUAGAGAAGAUGCAGUAAAUGCCUUUGAUUUUGAAACAGAUUGCUCAUGGACAUGAACCCACAAACCUGGAACCUGGAUGUGAUUCCUUGUUAAGGAGGGGACCUCAGUGAACCCUUAAUUUAACAGAAGCACAACACAGUCCAGGAAGGUGGUUAUGGCUGCAGUAACAUGAUCACUAAGAAUAUGUAAUAGAUGAGAGAUGGGGAUUUUUUUUCCUACUUUUGAAAGCCAAAACUGUAUUUUUUAUGUGUAUGAUCUCUUUGUUCUGUCAUUCUCAACAAAAAAA